CAUUGACCAUGAGAAGAAAUCCGCUCUCAGUUUUCCUAAACCAAUCCAAACUACCGGUAAGACACUACACUAUAGUACGUGGAUAAUCUAGCUGGCUUCGGAUUUGCUUAGCUUUCAAUCAAAUUUUCGAAUAAAAAAUAUUUUGAUUCGUCCUAAGCUACCCCCAAAGACUUCAUGAUUUGCAUUCCACAAGAGUAUAAGCAACAUGAUAUCAAGUAGUCAAUCGUCAAGCAAUGGAGACGACCCUUUAUUACUCGAAGACCAACUUGAGACCAUAUCCGGGAGGACCACUACCAUAGCUGCAGCAGUCAGAAACCCGAGAUUGUAGCAUUGACAGUCUCAGCACCGAGACAGCUGCACAAAAAAAUGAAAGAAACCAGAAAGCAAUUUAUUGCUGCCAGUAGCUUGGGGAUGAAAUUCAAUUUUCUUCACUUGCAGAUUGCUUUUGUAGUCGCCAUGUUCUUUCUACUCAUGGCUGCGUACGUUUCCAGGGAAAUCAGCAGGACUAGUAGUAGUAGUCGUAGUAGUAGAAGUACUGAAGUAUAUGAUCAGAAGAAGGAUAUGAUAAAUGAGAUUACUAGUGAUACAACUGGUCAAACCGCAUUCUCAAGCUGUGAUUUGUUUUCAGGUAGAUGGGUUUUUGAUAACAAAUCUUACCCUCUGUACAAAGGCCGACAAUGUUCUUUGAUGAAUGAAGAAUUGGCUUGUGAAAUGUACGGGAGAAAGAACCUCAACUAUCAGUAUUGGAGAUGGCAACCACAUCAUUGUGAUCUCCCCAGGUUUGACGCCAUUGAUUUGUUGGAGAAGCUAAGGGAUAAGAGGGUUGUGUAUGUUGGAGAUUCACUAAAUAGGAAUCAAUGGAUGUCAAUGGUCUGUUUAAUUGAGUCUUCCAUCCCUGACAGACCAAAAACACUUCACUACAAUGGCUCCCUAAUUGCUUUCAAAGCCUUGGAGUACAAUGUUUCAAUUGACUUCUAUUGGGAGCCAAUGUUGUUGGAAUCAAAUUGUGAUGAUCCAACAAACCACCGUGUGUCUGAGAGGAUUAUAAGAGGGCAGUCAAUUGAAAAGCAUGCCAGAAACUGGAAUGACGCAGAUGUUCUCGUAUUUAACUCCUAUAUUUGGUGGAGACAGCUCAAACUAAAAAUCUUAUGGGGAUCAUUCGAAAAUGUUGAUGCUGAUCGAAUUUACGAGGAUGUAGAGAUGCUAAAGGCGUAUGAAAUGGCUCUUACAACAUGGUUUGAGUGGCUAGAUAAUCACGUCAAUCGUUCUAAGACCAGAGUCUUCUUUGUUAGCUCAUCCCCCACUCAUAACAGGGCUGAAGAAUGGGGAAAACCUAAGAAGCACAAAUGCUUUUACGAGACAGAGCCUAUCUAUGAAGAAGGGUACUGGAGCAUGGAUUCUGAUCCAAACAUGAUGCGGUUAGUGGAAAAAUACAUCAACAAGUUGAGCAGCCAAGGUUUCAAUGCACAGAUGCUGAACAUCACACAACUUUCUGAAUAUAGAAAAGAUGCACAUCCAUCAAUGCAUAGAAAAUUCUGGGAUCAACUAACUCACGAGCAAUUAACAACACCUAAUUACCAUACUGAUUGUACGCAUUGGUGCCUUCCUGGAGUUCCUGAUGUCUGGAAUGAGUUCUUAUAUGCAUAUUUGUUGUAUCCACCAAGUUGAAGCAGAAAAUUUCACAAGUAACAAUAAUCAACAAAUUAAUGAUUC